AUGUCGGAUGUCACCUCCAAGCUCACCUCCCAACGGCAGAGUGCUAAUGGAGAAGAUGUCAUGCCCUACACUAACUUAUCUAGUUCAAGUAGACCACAUUCAGUUUGCCUCCCACCGUUCGCAGAGUUAUCAGGUCAUUAUUAUGUCCUUGUAGAAGAUCUUAGCUCAGAGGUCAACAACUACAUUCUGGAAAAGGCCUUUAGUGCUUUUGGCACCAUGUCGCUCGUCUGUGUCUGUGGGGACAAGAAUUCUGGAAAAUAUACUGGCUCUGGCUUCCUUGCCUUCAAAAGGGAGACAGAUGCAGAGCUAGCCAUCGCAACCAUGAAUGGCAAAAGGUUUGGCUCUCAGGAAAUCGUUGUGAACUGGGGAAAUCAAAAAUUGCACCAAGCUCUUCCCACCACCACUGCUUCUUCUCAUCGAUGUAGUACGAGCGGUAGUGCACCUGCCCCUCCAGGCUCUGAAUAUUUACUUCACGACUCGCAAACUUUAGAUAGAACCUUUCUAGAGGGAUUCAAGGCCCCAGAUUGCCCUACUGUUCUCGACUUGGACAGCAUGGAUCCCGAAGUGCUUUUGGGCACUCCCCUUUCAGAUCCUGAAGACAGCACCUUAUCCUCCGACACCCUGCCUCAUCGCAAGACGGUUGCAUUGGCGCACAUGGUAAACUUCAGUCAGAAGAGGAGGAGACAACCAGCGAGGUUUCAGUGCACACUAUGCACCCAAACCUUUAUGUGA